AUGGCCCAUUCGGAUGAGGACGAAGAAAAGCAUUUCCCAUCGCAGAGUCAAACAGCAGCAGAUCUGCAAUCGCAGAAAGACGACAGCUCAACAACCCAGGAUCCAAAUGUAGUCGAUCGGGAUGGCGACACGGACCCCCAGAACCCACGCAACUGGUCCAUCAAAACCAAGAUCGCCAACACUUCUCUCGUGACUGUCCUGACGCUCCUCACACCUCCAGCGUCGAGCAUGUUCGCACCAGGCGUGCUCCAAGUCCUGCGGGACUUCCGCACCACGUCUGCCACAAUCGCCGAACUCGUCGUGUUGAUUUACAUCUUAGGCUUUGCCGUGGGACCUCUGAUCAUCUCUCCGCUGUCAGAGAUGGAUGGAAGAUAUCCGGUCUAUGUGGUUUGCAACGUCAUGUUCUUGAUGUGGACGAUUGCGUGUGCCGUCGUGCAAUCGAUGCCGCAACUCAUCGUGUUUCGAUUCUUGAUUCGGAUGCAGCCUGUCGGGACGCAGUACCAGCAUAUCCAGAUGGGCCCAUAG